AAAGGAACGAUUUAAUGAUGAUAACGAUAAUCGAAUAAUACGAUCGUUCGUGUUUGUUUCAGGUGUGUGACUGGAGUAGCUAGCUAGUGGCUGAUAAUACACAAUGGCGUUUGAGACUACCAUGACACCAAAGGCAAUGGUUUACACUGGGAACAAUAGCAUGGAUUAUAAUUCAACCGAUGCGCCAAAUACAGCGGAUGGAUCAUGGACUGAAACAGAAAACUACAUAAUAAUGGCUAUGCUGAUUGUGCUGAGCAUUAUUGGAACCGUUGGCAACGCACUCGUCAUGUUUGUGUUUUCGAAAAAGCGUGAAAAGGUAUCAUCCACGUAUUUUAUUAUGACGCUCUCUUUCACGGACUUUGUCACGUGUGUCGUCAUCAUGCCAAUGACCGUGUACCUUACACACGUUAACCACAGGACAAGUGUAGACUUUUUGUGUAAGAUAUACCAGUUCCUUAUAACGUCAAAUGUUCCCUACUCGGCGUUCAUCAUGGCUGCAAUUGCCGUCGAUCGAUACCUUUGCAUCUGUCAUCCAUUCGCCAGAGUCAUGACAAAUUUUAGGGCGAAGAUCGUAAUUGCGUGUCUCACUUUAUGCGGGAUAGCGGUGGGAAUUCUACCGUGUCUCAGCACAGGCAUUUACGGUCAAAAGCAAAAUCACACAUCCGUGCCAGUUAAUGUAUCCCUCGAUGAAAAUGGCACACAGUCAGGAAAUAGCAGCAUAAUCACGACUUAUCGAAACGUUACUGUAACUUAUAUUGUGUAUGAGGGGCAGUGCAGCCCAAACAAUUUCUACAUUAGUAACGAAGCGCGGGGAACAUACAAGACCACGUACACCACUUUGUUUCUCCUGUCGUUUCUCAUUGUCGCCGUGCUCUAUCUUAUGAUAUACAUAUUUAUCAUGAGACAUCGGAUGAAAAAACGACGGAAUAAGAAACUUCAGAGCUAUGUAGGAAUGGAGAAGGUCCCCGAGGCAAUGCCUUUAAAGAAGAAGCACAAAACACGGAAGAUUUCUGAAGCAGCCGAUGUCACGUCGAGUCCUAUGAAUGGCUCUGAUCGAUUGAAUGAAAAGGAUACGACACGAUUAACUGUUCCCUGCACAUACGCCGACCCUGAGAGUACUCAGAUUACAGAAAUCCCCGAUAGUGGAUACGUAGAGAAUGGCAACCAUGAUACACCACAAUCAAAAACGUCACAUCACAGAACACCCAAGAUAUCUGGCAAACUUUUAGACAAGAACACGAUGGCGAACAUUAGACUCGCAGCGAUGCUUUUCGUUGUAAUGAUAGCAUUUCUCAUAACGUAUCUGCCAGCUCUACUUAUGAGCCUCGCGCUUGUCAAACUGAACAGAAUUGUUUUCUAUAUAUAUUUUAGUCACAAUGUCGUCAACCCGGUUAUAUAUUGCUAUAUGAACGAACGUUUUAGGCUUGACUUGAAAAGCAUUCUGCAAUGUGAAUUCCGUAGAUUAGGAUAGUGAACAAAAACAAAACGAUGUUAAAGAGUAUUUGUAUUUGUGAUAUUUGUACUGUACAUAUGAUGGGUGUCAAUGAUUAACAUACAAUUAAUUUACUUUCAGAUUCUCCAAAAGUAUGUAAUUAUCAAUGAGUCUUUUUAACGCUUGUGUUUGGGAUUUGUUUCGCACUGAUAAUCAAUUUGUAAAUGAUCAUAAGGGCUCAAUCAGUUGAAGAUCGAGAGACAAUAUUUUGUCGAUUCAAAAAGAAAACAAUUUACAGUUUGUCCGAAAUGUCAUUGACUACCACCUUAUAUCUGUAGAAUUGUAAUCGUUACAAGGAUACUGGCGUAACUUACCCCCGUUAUGUACGCUUACAAAUUACCUUAUUGGAUUAUCGUCUGAGACCAGUAAUUUUAAAAUUCAACAAAGUAUUAACUGAUAUGGGAAACGCUUUUGACGUAAUUAAGAAUGGCUUGUGUGAAAAUAACCAUGCACUUACCCUUAAUAACUUAACAUCGAGUGAUAGCAAGUAUGAAUAUUUUACUCCAAUAAGCCACUUCGUCUAAAAAUCGCGAUCCACUUAUUUUAAAGUAGGUUAAAAGCCGCUGAUUGACCUCUUAAUUGAAAUAAACCUAAUUUGCUUAUUUAUGACUGUCUAAUGUCCGAUGUGCUGGGUGACCAUAAAGUAAGUACACCUUUUAGAAUAUGCCUAAAGUAAGAUGAUAAGUGCUCUGACUAUUGUAAACAUUAAUGAAUCGAACUCGAAUGAUGAUCUGAUAAUUACACAAAACAAAUUUAAAUUCAAUAUUCUGUGUUAACCAUGACAACCCGUGGCAUGGGUAUCUGGUG